AUGGGAGAGACAGCGUCACGAUGUGGAGUAUCAGCUGCAGUUGGGCUGGCCCAGUGUCUCAGGGCGGAAAGCAAGUGGUACAUCUCCCCGAGUGACCAAAGUGUGCGCAGCACCAACAAGGGCCGGAAGAAGUGCCCGCGACAGGAGGCAACGGCCUUGGUGGGAAAGAAGGAGGCAGCAGGGGAAGCGGAAAAAGAAGACCAUCUCUUCGUCAUCAAAGAAAUUUGCGGGUUCAAGAUGGAAGAUUCUCAGCCGAAGAAGAAAUCUCCAAAGAUUGAAGCCGUUUUGACAGGUCCUGGCCCUGGAUAUUAUAGCUUACCUCCAACAAUUGGAUUUGUCAACCAUGAUUACACCCGCUUCACCAGUCCAGCUUAUUCCUUUCGUCAGAGACUGGACAAUCAGGUCCAUGAUGCAAGUCCUGGACCCUGUUAUUACGUGUCCCCUGAGCUCACACGCUUUGGCAAGGCGAAAGGCCCUUCUUACUCCAUGCUGGGGCGAGCAAAACCUCCAGGUCUACCUCAAAGCCCGGGACCGGGCACAUACAGUCCAGAAAAGCCGGGAUCCAGCCUUCAGCUGAGGGCACCUUCCUUCUCCAUAGCUGCCCGCACCAAAUCUCGUCCGGUGGAUCCCGUUCCAGCUCCCAACAGCUACAUCCUCCCCUCGCUGCACAGAGCACGGAUUCCCAGCAGACCCUCCAAGCCCACCCGUGCUGUCUCCGGCAGGAACGCCAAAGGCAGCGCUUCCAAGGACCCCGGGCAAAUGCCAGGCCCUGCGAGUUACAACCCCCAAGCGUCUGCCGUCUGCUUCUGCCGCCGCCCAGCUUUCUCCAUGCUGAAGAGGCUCCAGAAACCCACAAGAGCCUUCCAAGCUCCUGGGCCAGGAGCCCAUAGCCCAGAAAAAGUGACCAUUCACAGGACAGGGGCUCCUUCUUACUCUUUUGGGGUUCGUCAUUCCGAAUAUCUCAUGCCAUUCAUCCCGGAUGCUCCGGAAUGGUAG